GCGGCCAUUUUGUAAACAACAUCGCCAAACUACUGAAAAUAUAUACUGCAGUUGUCGAGGACCAAUUUAGAUGAAAUUUGUGUAGUUUCAAGUGUUCAUAUAGUGCAUUUGUGAAAGAGUUAUUAGAGAAACCGAAAAGGUAAUAUUUUGUCCUACAUUUACUUUGAUAGUAUAAAAGUAUCCUAACAAACCAUUAUGGCUGAUGAUUUACAAAACUACAAGCUGCAACUGCAACAAGUGGAGGCUGCUCUCCUGACGGACGCUGACAACAAAGAACUGCAGAAACUGAAAGUUGAUUUGGAGGAGGUCAUCGAGCUCUCACUAGAUUUAAAAACAAAGGCUGAAGAGGCUGCAAACCAGCCAGAAUACCAUGAGCUGCCGAUACAUCCUUCUGAUGAAGAUGAAAUCACAAAAUCCCUAUUGGCUGUUGAAGAGUUCGUCGCCAAAAAUAAGAAAAAGAAGCUGUGGCGCGUUGGCGACAUGUGCAGUGCCAAGUGGAAUGAUAACAAUCAAUUUUAUGCUGCCCGUAUAGAUUCAAUAAACCCAGAUGGACAGGUAAAUGUUACAUUUGAAACAUACAAAAACAGAGGUGUCACCACCUUAUCCGAACUAAAAGAAUUCACAGGAGAAAAAAGGCAACUCACAGAGGCAGAGAAACUGAAACGUGCCAAAAUGAACAACAAAGAAUACCUCAAGAAAAAGAAGCAGAAGAAAAUCCAGCGUUUCAAGGAAAUAGAGGAAGAAAGGGAAUGUGAAAAGAAUAAGUGGAUUGCUUUUACGAGUAAAGCAAGCAAAAGUAAAAAGGCUGGUGUUAAAGCCAAGAGCAUUUUUGCAUCCCCAGAAUCUGUCACAGGCAGAGUUGGAAUUGGCACUUGUGGGAUUAGUGGAAAACCAAUGACUGAAUUCUCAACUGCAGAGAAAUGGAAGAAAGGACAAUAAUUACGUUUUUUUUUUGUUAUAGA